AUGCUUCUUACUGGAUCAGAUUUAUCAGCAUAUUUGUUUAAGCAAAAAAUAAGAAUAUAUAAUUCAGUGUUAGCUUUUACUUCGAUAGGGACUCAAAUUGAUGAUAGUAUAACAGGAAUGGGUGAUAUUUACAGCUUUUGUAUUCAUGACAACAGAAGAAGUGACUCUAGACGAUAUAAUGUUCUAAUGACAUCAGAAGUUAUUAUGAUUAUGGUUGGAAACAGACAAGAAAUUGAAACUUCAAACCAUGAUAUUGUAUUACAUUUGCAUACUAGGGGAUCUAUUAAUAAUGAUGAAUUGAUCUCUGAUCAUGAAGAAGAAGUAACUACUAUGAAAGAUGUCAUGGCUAUAAAUUAUUUCAUAAGUCCAUCUGUUCUACUUCUUCAAGUUCAUCUUUUCAGACAACAUAGAGUACUAUUUAGAGAUGACUCUACUUGGGAAUAUCUUGCUGAAACUGCUUCUAAUGAAACAUCAACCCUUACAGCAUGGUUUAAAGCCAACUCUGAUUAUCCAAAUUGUAAUUGGGAGAAUGUAUUUUGUUUAUCCAACAGCAGUGAAGAUAUUCAUUUUCAUACUAACAAUAAUAGUGAACAUCUACUUACUGAAGCUGAGAUACAUAAUCUAGCCUUAUUCUACUUACAAUCAAUUUUAUGCAAGCACAGCAAAUUACUUGCAGACUUUUCUAAUAUGCCUAUACCAAUUACACUCGAUGAUACUAACUCACUAAUUAGUGAAGAACAAAAUUAUGAUAUUGAUAAGUUAACAAAUAUACUUAAACAUGAAAUAUUUCAAUUAAAUGAAGACCAACUUACUAUUUUCAAUAAAGUCAUCAACAUUGUAGAAAGUAAAAAUUCUUCUAUAUUUUUUAUUGACAGUCCUGGUAAAACAGGAAAAACAUUCCUUUAUAAGUAA